UACAUGAAAUGAAUUUUUUCAUCAGGCCCAGUCAAUCAACUACUCUACAUAACUCCGAAAACAUAUAGCAGCAAAAAAAUUAAAAAACAGUUUAUUCUUCCAUGGCCCGUAGUUACAAGCUUUAAACAUAAUAUCCAACCUAGAUCCCAAUAAAUUGUAUAAAUCUUAGAAAUUGUAAAUAGAAUGCUUACAUAUUGUGUUUUAAUCUUUGUAGUUCAUCAUUAAUUUGUAAAAUAUUGCCAGCCAUCUUUAGAGAAUAGUUAUAAACAUGAUAACCAGCAGGGGCAAAGCUAAAGAAAGUUGUUAGGGGGGCGGGUGUGCAGAGCCCCAGAUUAAACAACAAAAAUGGCGUUCCUAAGGUCUGACUGUUGGCAUUAAUUCAACGUAGCCAAACUACUUCUAGUGAAAUCGUGAGCCAUUUGAGCAUAUACGGACAAUUCUUUAGAUAGGAAUUGAGUGCAUAUUAUGCAUAAAUUUGUUUAUCGUUAUCUAUACAUGUUUGAGGUUUUUAAUACUUUGGAUUAAUAAAAAAAGACUCUGACAAGCACAAAGUUGGGGUGUGGCACACCCUGCAUCCUCUCUUUUGCUAUGCCUCUGAUAGCCAGUAGCCAAUUUCACGUAUAUUUCAUGACAAAAAUGAUAUAACGUAUACUCAAUAGAUGCUUAAAAGGAGAAAUGCUUACAUUACUGACUACAUCUUUGCUUCUUUAGUAUCAGAUUGAUUUGACUAUAAAUUGCCUGUCUAUGUUUAAGAUACACGCAAAAUACACGCAAAGCAGGAACUCUUCUCAUUAAACGCUCCUCCUCCAUAGGCGUAGGAAGCAUAGAGUUCUACUAACACCAAUGCUAAGGCCCCCUCUCCCAAUACAUUAAGCCUCUGCAACGCCUAUGUCCUUCUCCAUUUGGUUUUUUAGCAUUACAGUCUUUUACAGUCUUCUAUAUCUGUGAAGUUCCGGAUAAAUGACAAAAAGAAAGUAAUGGAUGUUACCAAAUGUAUAUGCUGGAUGCCCUUAAAGCUCUUUCAUACUUUAAGAAAGUGAUUUUGCUAUUUACUCAUCUUUGAAACUUGAAAGUAAAAGCAAAGAUUGAAUGUUUUUGGCCUUGCUGGCUAUGGGCCACGAAUCCCUUUUGGAUUAUCCAAUAUAGUUUUGGGUUUUAGCGUUUCUUCUGUUGUGAAUUUCAUUUCAGACCAUUUCUUGGCAAUAUGUUGGCAUAUGAAUAAGACAAAAUACAAACAAAAAGACAAACCUACUAACACUGUAUUUGUUUGAAUUUGUUUUUGCUUAUAGGUAUUUCUUAACUUUUUAGAAAGGAAGAUUAAUAACUAAUUGCUGCACUUGAUGAAAAAAUGACACGUAGUCGUUAGUUGAAUGCUAAAAGUUUCAUUGAGUCAAAAUGUAUUGAAUGCGUUCUGUUUCUUUUCUUUCUGACAUGAUUUCUGUUUACAAAAUGGUAGCUUAUAAAGGCAAAAUUUAUGCAAUAAUUUGGAUGGACAUAAAUAUCCUUGAAAACUUACGCUUAGACUGGUGAUAUGAACGUUUCUCAAAACUAAUUCAUGCUGGCUCAUAUUUUCAACCAUCUGCAGAUUUUAUUAAAUACUUGGCAUAAGUGUUUCUAUUAAGCACAUAUGUUUAUUUGUUUCUUAAAACUUAUUCAACUGUGAUGAUUUUAUUCUUAAGUCUGCAAUAAUUCUUUAACAACAGUUUCGCUGACACUGGCACCUUAGAUGAAACGCACUUACCCCUGGAUUUCCUAGAAAUAAAGAGACAUUGUUGUCUACGACAAAUUUACGAAUUGCACAAUAACAGAAAGCCUUUACAUACUGGGAAAUGCAUUGAAAUAUCGGUGUAGGGAGACAAGUCGGGAUGGGGGGAAUAAUAGCUGGUACCCUUUGGCGCCCUAGAUGAUACGCCCUUGUGUCGAGACUCAGAAUAUGAUGCAACAGGCAUUGGUAUCUACACGUGAUUCCUUAAGAACCAGUGGAGAGAGCUCGCGUACUUAAGACUUGAGAACACCAGUCUCAUUUUAUCCUAUUUACAAAGACAAUGAGUUAGACGGAGGAAAGCUACAGAGAUUCGAUUUAUGAUGGAAAAUACAAGAAUUCUUUCUUCAGAAGUUGCAGGCUAUCAUGAAUUUUAGCAGAUAAUUCUCAUAUUUGCAUUGCCAGAAGAAAACAAUUACUGAAAUGUCAAAAUACUGGGCUCUUCCUGCUAUUUAGCUUAAAAUCUUGAUUGCUUACUCCCAAAAAAUUUACUCCAACAUCUAGAAACAAGUACACUUUGAAUUUCCGUUAAUCACAAAAAUUGGAUUGGAAAUCACUUCCAGCUAAUCUCAUAGAGCCUUUGAAAAAAUAUGUUUUCUUUUACCAAAAAUCUCUCCAAAACCCAUAAAACCCUUUUGUUUUUUAAAUCUUCUACGCAUAUUAGAAGUGCGAUAUGCGUCCCUGUCAAAUAUGACUUUUAAGACCACUUUGUUUCUCACACAUAAUUUUCAGGCAAUCGCAUUUACUUGACAGAAUGUCAUGUAUUACGUGGGUUAGGUCUUUAUAACAUAUGUAGAUAAAAUUUGAGUUUUUCGACCUUUUUAAAGAUAAAGCAAUAGAUUUAUGAAGAUUCAAGCUAACUUCCACGCUCUUCGGUGUUAAUCAAAUUACCAUAUUUUGGAUUGCCAUCAUAUUAACCGCGUUUUAACUUAUAAACAAAUAUUUAUUUCGCUUGCGCAUAAGGAUCCAAGAACUGCAGUGUCUUUAAUGAGUUUAUCCGCCUUAAUGAUAAUCCAUGUUUUUCUCUGUUGUGCUCCUUCCAAUUGCCCAAGCAUGGUGCUUUCGUUAAUAAGGAAAUUCAUUUGUGACAGAGAAAAGAAUUUCUGCAGCCUAUUCAGUAGUUAAUCAAUUUUAAUGAGAUUAACAUAAGCAGUAUGCUUUAUCGUAUUAAGAAUAACUCAGUCAAUAUUACACUAUUCUUGGUUACGUAUCUAUAAAUAUUUGCGGCCUUGAAUGGACCUGCAGACGGAGAAGACAACAUGUGUUGAACAUAACACGAAAGAGCAUAAUUUGGCAAUAUUGACUACAGCCGUUAUACAUUCGAGAGUUCAGAACUGGGUGCCUAAGCCAGCAAAAGGACAUUUGUAGCUACAACCUAUUCAAAAAGCUGUUCGAGUGCACGGCAUUGCAAGAGCCGCAAUGUAUAACGUUACAAACGCCUCGGUGCCAAUAAACGCAACGCAUCCAUCACACGAAGAUGUUUACGACAGCAACGAGGUUCAUAUUCUGUAUUCCUUGAUGUAUAUCUUGUCUGCUGUAAUAGUUUUACCUGGGAUUUUUGGCAACGGGCUUAUCAUACUUGCUGUUACGAAACUGCAGAAUCUGAGAACCCCUACAAAUCAGCUGAUUGCAAGUUUAGCACUUGCCGACCUACUCAUCGUGCUCUCAAUGAUAGCAUUUGUCUUGCUCGACCGCUUCCCGAUAUCGUCUCUUCCUGCAGAUGUAACAAUGUUUCUUUUCCCAUCAAUCGAUAUGAUGCUUGGUACAGCAUCGAUUUGGAAUCUUGCAGCAGUAAGCAUUGACAGAGGCAUCGCUGUAAUGCACCCCUUGCGGUACAAGGGACUGGUCAACUCUAGACGAGUGCGUGCUGGAGCAGUUUUCAUUUGGAUGUAUGCAAUUGCCAUUUUCGUUCUUGGCAUGCUGCGAAUACACUUGAAGUCCGAGAAAUACAGCCUCUCUUUAGUUUUCUCAGCGAUGAUCGCAAACUUUGUUCUUCCUUGCUUCCUAAUCGUGAUAAUUUACAUAGGUAUAUUCACCGCAGCAAUAAAGAGCAUAAAGAUGGCUAUGGCGCUUGAGAAAGCUAUUCACUUGGCAACCAAGCGGGUUAGUGAACAAAAUAACGAAAACUCGCGAAGAAAUUCCCGCUUCUUUUCAAGAGAGAUAAAAGUAGCUUUAAAUGUCAUGAUAAUUCUAGUGCCACUUGUUGCUGGAUGGGGGUUUUAUUUUGGCACCCACUGGUAUGAGCUCAUCACAGAUGAUUAUGAUAGGAGCCAUGUAUAUGAAUUCUGUUUGCUUGUUAUUCCUUGGAUAAACAGUAGCCUUAAUCCAGUGGUUUAUGUUCUUGCCACACCCUCACUAAGAAAGGGCUGCAAGAAACUAUUGCUGUGCGGACGGUUUUCAAAGGAUGGUAACUCUGUUUUCAAUACAGGCAUAUGGAGUUCCCUUACAUCACGGAGACCUUCGUGGCUCGAAAGAAGCACGUCAGUUGAAAGAAAAAGGAGUGUUGACUCUAGACGAGGGUCAUCAGGGUACAGAAGAAAAUCUUCAGCUGGAACUUUCCUUGUUUUGGAUGCACAUAUCGAAGAAGAUCAAACAUCAGCCGUGCAGCUCUAGCAACUCAAACAAGCAGUUGCCGCUCAUCUUUGUACAAAAUAGACUUUGUUCUCUGACAAUGGCCUAUCUUGGCCUUCAUCGCAUGCUAAAACUAGAAUACAAACAUCAAUAUCAUAUUUCGUAUUUUAUUUGGCAGCUAAAU